CGGACCGGAGAAAAUGAGGGAAGACACCGAACACGUCUGAGAGUCGGUGAACAUGAGCGCGAAGACGGCGGCUGAAGUCUCGGCGUCUCUCGGCAGCAUCCCAGACGGUGCUCCCAAAGAUGUGUGCGCAGAAACGGUGAUGGUGUUCAAGGAGGAGGCCGUGGGGCCGGAGGGAGCUGAAGGGCGGGACGGUGGUGGGGAUGGAGGCGGUGAUCUCGGCGCACCUGAGCUCUCUCUCCAGGGCCACCUGGCGCAGUACGUGGCCACUUUACGCACGCAGCCGGUGGCGUUUAGCGGCAGGUUCUCCCUGGACUCCGGGAGCGGGGGGCCAGGCUGGGCGCAGGGGGACGUGAUCAACGUGGUCAGUGCGGACAUCGCCCCCCCGGGACCGGCACAGGGGUCCGGAUCAGCAUCACCCAACGUUUACGCGGGAGAAGCAGCAGGCGGAGGACGAGGAGGAGCGGGAGACGGGAACAUGGCGCACGGCCAGCCGGAUAUCAGCCACAUGUACGCGCCCCCCCACCCACACUCACACCCCCACCCGCCCCAGUCCUACUCCUGCAGCGGGGACGUGUACCAGGACCAGGGUUACCUGUCCACCUCCACCUGCGCGGUGUCCUACCACCCGCCUCCCGCCUACAGCUCUGCGCCCAAACCGGCCGCUGAUGGCGCGCUGCUCUCCAUCGUGCCGGAGUACGGAGGCUUCUACCCGCAGAGCUGCCAGAGGGACAUGCAUGCCGGCUUCCCGGAGAGGAAGGCCCUCCCGUACCCGCUGGACUCGUUGCGGGUGCCUCCGCCGCUCACGCCUCUCAACACCAUCAGGAACUUUACGCUCAGCGCGCCCGAAGGCCCGGCGGCCGCCCCCUUCCCCGGCCACCAGAACCUCCCCCUCAGGCCCAUCUUAAGACCCCGGAAGUACCCGAAUCGCCCGAGCAAGACCCCCGUGCACCAGAGACCGUAUCCGUGCCCGGCGGAGAGCUGCGACCGCCGGUUCUCCCGGUCGGACGAGCUGAGCCGGCACCUGCGCAUCCACACCGGCCACAAGCCGUUCCAGUGCCGCAUCUGCAUGCGCAACUUCAGCCGGAGCGACCACCUGACCACGCACAUCCGCACGCACACCGGGGAGAAGCCGUUCACCUGCGACCAGUGUGGGAGGAAGUUCGCACGCAGCGAUGAGAGGAGGCGGCACAUGAAGAUUCACCUGCGGCAGAAGGAGAAGAAGACCCCCGCGUCCUAAUCCGAGCCCUCCGAGCCCUGUAGUCUAAGUUAACCUCAGAAAUAGCCGCAAGUCUCUUUAGAAGCCAUAUCACGAAGAAGAAAUCAGGGAGAGCCAGAAACCCGGUCCCCAGGUGUGUUACUAUGACUACAAAAUCCACACGAGCGGAGCUGGCCGUGCUAGGAUUAAAUGAACCUCCAAGAACAACAUCUCACAACCUGCUUUUAGUGAACACUUUGUCUGCUGUCUGUGCUUCAAGCUCUCAGGGAUUCAGUCACGUGCCGGGCAGCACAGGUGAGUCAGGUGAGUCAGGUGAGAGGGUUACUGCUGCUCCAGCUUUCAUUUGGAGUCAAAUGCACAAAAACACUCAGAGAGUCACGGAGGCAUCACAUGUGACUCCCGGAGGAGGACUGUGAGGAAUCGUUAGUGAAAUUCUCUCGGAUAACGCGACACCAGCCUUUUCUAUAUUUGUAAGAUCACAGAAAAAUCCUUUAAAAACCUUCAGUCCAAGUUCAAGGCCGAGUGUCUUCAGACUGUUGGCACUCAAACGUUCCUCUGCACCAUAUUUGAAAAGAAUAAAAGUCCAACACUUUACAGUUUUUAGGAGAAACCAAUGAAGAAAAAAAAAAGAAACCAGUGUCAGAGUGAGACACGUAGAUGCCGUGUCUCAGGGGGUCUGCGUUUGGCUUCUGACGUUUCUGUAUGAAAGAAACUCAUUUUGCGCUGCUUUGUUGGGCGACAGGAAACAACAGGCCACAGAUGGAAGGUUGUUUUAUGACAUUUUAUAGUCGUAAAUGAGUAAAAUGACUGGCGUGAAGUUAGGAUAAACAAAAAUAACAUUUUAUUCAAACACAUCAGAGAGAAGCUGAUUAUGUUAUUGUGUUAAACAGCCUGAAACUACUUAAAUUAUUUCAAUAUUUUCAAAGUAAAAAUCCUUUUUGGGGAGGGGGGGAUCAGGACUAAAAUAAUUUUUAAUGAUUUUUCAAGAUAAAAGCCUUUAAUUAGUGGUCUAGACGUUAUCAAGGUAAUUUAUUUCUGUGAGAAUGUCAAAAUAAGAGGCCUUUUUUUGGUUGUGUGAAACAAGUUACGUUCGCUUUUUUCAAAAUAAAAGCAUCCAUUAGUUAUUGGAAGUUACCACAUUUUCUACAUUUAAUCCUCUAGUUAUUUGGGAAUUCAUUGAGAUUAUUUAAGAUGACGGUUGUUUUUUUUUUGUUUUUUUUUUUGUUUUUUUUUUUUGCUGUAGUUAAAAAAAAUCAUCUAUUUAGUUACUGGAACUUGUCUAUUUUGCUAGAUUUUCAAAAUAAAACAAUAUAAUUUGUUAGAAAGCUUUCAUGAUGCUCAGAAAGACCUCAGAUUGUGUGAAGUUAGUCACAUGUAUUUAUCAUAGCAGGUUUCCAAAAUAAAAGCUCCUGUUUUUCCGGGCUUUUUCACAUAAACCUCUAAAAUUUGCUGCUUUUGCUCACUUGAGUCAGCCGUCUUUAUUUUAUAUUUUUAACCUUCUGAGAUAUGAGACAAAUGUUUUGGUUAAAAAACUAUUUAACUGACCUGAAUAAGUGUCCCAUAGCACACAUAUAGCACACCGAACAUCGGCUGAAAGGUCAGCGAGAGAUGUUUCCACACACACGCAUGUAUU